AUGGCAUCGAGGCAGAACACGCGUGAGGCGCGCGCCGAGGCCGACGCGCGGCGCGCCGUGGAGGAGCUGGCGCGGGCGCGUGACGAGCACCUCGAGAAGGCGGAGUUGAACGCCCGCUCGGCCGCGGACGAGAUCGCGCGCUCGCGCGCCGACCGCGCCGGCGCCGGUGGCGGCGGCAUCCUGGAGAGCGUGCAGGAGGGCGCCAGGUCCUUCGCUAGCGCCGUGGGCCGCACCUUCGGAGGCGCCAAGGAUUCGGCGGUGGACAAGACGUCGCAGACGGCGCAGGCCACGGGCGAGAAGCUCGGCGAGUACAAGGACUACACCGCCGAGAAGGCCCGGGAGACCAAGGACAGCGUCGCGCAGAAGACGAGCGAGACGGCGGAGGCGACCAAGAACAAGCUGGGCGAGUACAAGGACAGCGCCGUGGAGAAGGCGAGGGAGACCAAGGACGCGGUGGCGCAGAAGACUAGCGAGAACGCGGAGGCGACCAAGAACAAGCUCGGGGAGUACAAGGACGCGGCGGCCGGGAAGGCGCGGGAGGCCGUGGACACCACCGCCGAGAAGGCGAGGCAGGCCAAGGACGCCACCAAGCAGAAGGCCCAGGAGACGAUGGGCGCCACCGCCGAAAAGGCGAGGGAGGCCAAGGACGUGACCAGGCAGAAGGCGAGCGAGUACACCGAGGCUGGCAGGGAGGCCGCGCAGGAGGCCAGGGACAGGACCCGGGCCACAGCGCAGACCGCCGCCGACAAGGCAAGGGAGACGGCCAGCACUCACGACACCGAUAAGGGGCAGGGACAAGGUCUGCUGGGGGCGCUGGGGAACGUGACGGGCGCGAUCAAGGAGAAGCUGACGCUGGGCCAAGGCCAGCAGCAGCAGCAAGUCGAUGUCCGGCUGGGCGGCGAGGACGAGCGCGCGGCGAAGGAGCGCGCGGCUGAGAAGGCGGCGUCGGUGUACUUCGAGGAGAAGGACCGGCUGAUGCGGCAGCGCGCGGAGGAGCGGGUGGACCAGCGCGUGGAGAAGUGCGUGGAGGGGUGCGCCGGCUCGUCCUGCGUGCACCGCCAGGGGAAGAUGUGA